GGAGACCGGCAUGGAAAAAUAUUUUAAAAAAAAACCUCUUGGAAUAAAACUAUUCCAAGAAGAAUCAAACCACACCUCGAUUCCAGGUGUAUACAAGUUUUGCCCCAGCAAAACAGAAAGAUUCCCGCAAUUGAAGUUACCCGAUACAGGAGAUUCUGGGCCCGUUUACCAGUCCAACCUGGUGAGCUCGCCAGAAGCAAAAAAACUGGUCCAAAGAAAAUUACGCGAGCUCAACACGCAUAUCGGGAGGUCUAGCGAUUUUGAAAUGGUCUGCAGUGACCGCAAGGCCCCAGUGAUCCACCAGCAGCACGAGGGGUAUGCAGAAAAAAAAGAAGUUGUAUCAGUCAGAGACUUGAGCAAGUCACUGGCCUCUCCACAGACAGAGGAAUAAAAAGGGUACCCUCAACUCCUGAAGAAAGGAGGAGAUAAAAAAAACGUACCAACGCUCGACUCUUAGCAAGAGGAGAAAAACGUCUGCGUCUAAUCGCAUGUGAGCCGGUCUGCUCGGAAACCCACGCUAUCCCAUUAAAUACCCGAAGUCCACGUGACCCCAUGAUAAUUCAACUGACAUUCCGAUCCACAAUGCACUGCGCACACAAAGACACCCCCAAUUAAAAUAUGAAAAGAUCACAAAGCAACCCGAUACAAAAGCCUUCGUUUCCUGGCAGAGAUCGCACUGAAUAUAACUUAAAACACCGUAGUUCGAGGCACAUGCUAAGGAGUGAUUAAAUAAGCUUACGAUUAAUCGAGAUAAGUUCCAAAUUUGCAAGUUAAAAGAAGUUUUCGUGAGAGAGGUAACAAUGUAAUUUUGACUUUAGCGGUGAUGUAGGAAAGGAGGUCAUUCGGCUUUCCUCAGCCACUCACGUGAUAGGAAGAACCAAUAAAAAUACGAGGAAAUUGUAAACAGUGAUGGCCGCCGUCCAGGUCACAUGACCGAUAAAAUGGCGACGCAUCCAGGAAAUUGAUAGAAAGAGUUGUUGACAAUUUGUCCGAAAAUAAACGAAAUAAACCGUUGUGCCUGGAACUAGGUUUACAUAAAAGGUUACGAAAAUGAGAAGUCGGCAUGUCCUCCAAAGAACCAGUGGUAUUCACAGCAUGGGUGAGAUGAGAUGGGAGCUCUUUGCCUGCUAUACUCUCACUUGGGUCGUAACAUGUCUGUGCAUCAUAAGAGGCGUCAAAUCAUCGGGAAAGGCUGUGUACGUGACAGCCCUCGCCCCGGUCGUUAUUCAGAUUGUGAUGCUCUGUCGAGGAGUGACCUUACCAGGAGCCAUAGAAGGUAUCAAGUUAUACAUAAUUCCCAAAUGGGAAACACUGCUCAACACCAGGGUAUGGAUAGAGGCCGCCUUCCAGAUUGCAUAUUCCAGUGGAGCAGGGUGGGGUGGUAUCGUCACUAUGGCCAGCUACAACAAAUUCCAUACAGAUUGCUACAAACAGGCUGUUGCAAUUUCAUCAUUAGGGAGCGCCUUCAGUAUUUUCAGUGGUUUCGUUGUAUUUUCUAUAAUUGGAUACUUGGCUCAUGAGGUUGGCGAGGACGCGGAAAAUGUCGUCAGCCAUGGCCCUGGUUUGAUCUUCGUUGUAUACCCGGCAGCACUAGCCAAAAUGCCUGGUGGUCAGUUUUGGUCCGUCCUGUUCUUCCUUAUGGUAUUUAUGGUAGGCCUUGACAGCCAGUUUGCAGGCGUGGAGACAGUGAUCACGACCAUCGUCGACAACAACCCUCGCCUACUCCGUGGUCGGUUGAGGCGAAUGCUGUUGACCGCACUGACCUGUUUUGUUAUCGCUAUUCUUGGUAUACCAUGUGUCAUGCAGGGCGGAGUAUACGUGCUCUCCUUAUUGGACUGGUACAUUGCCACUUUGUCUGUGGCUCUCAUCUUCUUCACAGAGCUCGUGGUCAUAUCAUGGAUCUACGGGCUUAAUCAAUUCUUCAAAGACAUCGAGCUGAUGAUUGGUUACCAGCCUCACUUUAUUUGGAAGAUAAUGUGGGGAGGUGUUUCACCAGCUUUGACGAUGGGUAUAUUUUUGCUGAGUGUUAUACGAUACACACCAGUGUCGUACGGCAGUUAUGUCUACCCACAGUGGGCAGUGGCAAUCGGUUGGACAUUCGCCCUUUUGUCAUUUGUGCCCAUUCCAUUAUUCAUGGUGAAAGUAUUGAUAUCUGCCAAAGGAAAUGUUAAACGUAGGUUAAAAGACGCGGUUCAGCCAACACCUGAGUGGGGUCCAGCUUUACCUGCAUACAGAGAGUUGUAUAUCGCCACCCUGAGUGGGUCGCGGAAAAGAAGGAUUUUGCCCUAUAUCAACUGCACGAAGGAAUCCGAAGAAACUGGUACAUCACUUGUGUGGAAUACGGCUAAAUUAUAGCCCACUGGCUGAGCCAAACUUCACCCUUGAGAAGGAAUUUCCCACCAAAUUCCAUGUUAGAAUAUAUUUCGAAACCAACCUGAUGAUAAACCGACGAAAUCAGAGUGAUUCGUUUGCGUUGAUUAUUUUUAAAGAUGCAGUUUAAUAGUGUGGUCAAUUCAUCUUUGCAUUACAACGUUUUAAAUGAAAGCCUUACAAUACAGUACGGAGAAUCGUGUUCAGACAAUUCGUCAGAAUACUCUGGACGCUUUUACACGAAGUGCAGCCGGCUUGUGGUAUUCGACUCGAUGACUCGACGACGCGAUGGCUCGAUGACGCGAUCGUUGCUAUGGAUUUUGCUAAAAUACGGAAUCCCAUGAUCCUGGUCUCCGGGCUACCGCUGCAACAGCAGAGGUUUUAGCUCGGCCUUCCCAUACCCAGCUACGGUAUGUAGAAGGAUGUGCCCCCCCCAUGCCAUGGCCACUGA